UGUCAAAAUUGUUUCGCUGUUUGUUUUUAUUGAAAUAAAAUAUCAUAUUUUUAAUAUUAUAAUUUAUAUAAGAUGAAUAUUUAAUAAAGAUUACUAUUACUACUAAAUCUCUAUGAAAUUGUCUAGAUUUAGCCCAUAAUUUUGUGAUUAAUCAAUAAUUAAAUGAUUUCAAAGAAAACUUCUGUAGAAAAUAAAUAAUCGUUCGAAAUGGAUGUUUGCGAAGCUGCUGACGCGUCGUACUGCAUUUUGGAAGAAGCUUCUCAAGAUAACUUAGAAAUCUGUGAAAGCACUAGUGAUGUGAAUACUCGAAAUAUAGAAGGUAAACUAAGUGAUGGUGUAGAAAAACCUUGUGCAGUAUGGACAUUGAAUGCCACCACAACUCUCUUAAAAUUAUAUGAAAGUAAAUUAGAAAUGUUAGAAACACCAAAGAAGAAAACCAGGAUCUGGAUUGCUAUAUCUCAAAGUUUAAGUGAAUAUGGAAUUGAGAUGACACCAGAUCAAGUAAGAUGGAAAAUAAAUGCCCUUACCAAGAAGUAUAAACAGUGUGUAGAUAGCGGACACCAUGACAAAUUCAAAUAUUUUAAAAUCAUGAAUGACAUUUAUUCACAGUACCAUGUUGACUGUGAUUCCUACGCAUUAACUGAACUUUUACAUAAAAAGAAAGAUAAUAGAAUAAACGGAAGCGAUCAAAAUUCAAAAAUGAAUCAAGAAAGCAAGGCUGUUAUUGAGAUGAGAAAAAUAAGACUGGCCAACAGAAUAGAGAGUGAUAGAUUCCAAGGAAAAAUUCAAUUGGAAAAACAAUGGCUAGAAUACUUGCAGAGACAAGAAGAACAAAAGCAAUGGCGAGAUGAAAUCUAUGACAGAAAUUUGAAACUGCGAGAAGAAGAAUUAGAGCUAAGACGAAGAGAGUUAGAAAUAAAAGAAACACUAGAAUUGAAAAAGAUAGAAUUAAAAGAAAAAGAAUACAGAGAAACACUACAGAUUGAAAGAGAAAAAUGUGAAUUGUUAAAGGAAAUAUUUAGUAAAAGAUAUUAGGAAUAAACUAUUUUACUAUAUUUGUAUUAUAACUUUCGUGUUACAUACUAAAUAAAU